AUGUCGCAACUUCCCAUGAAUGUGUCGGACAGAAAUGUUCGGGCAUAUAAUAGAGAAGAACGGGCAUUAAUAGAUGUAUACAAGGAACAGUACAUCACGUCCUCUACACCUAAUGACCGGUCUACUAUUGUGAACACCAAAAUGUUUCCCGCCCUUAAAGUAUACUGGGACAAUAAUAGGAUCAAAUAUGAUCCAGACAAAGCCAGAACGGACUUACUAAAGUGGGCUCAAAAUUGCUGGAGGCUAUCGUCUCAGAAAAGAGUUCCCAAAUCCACUAAGAUUCUCCAAGUACAAAAGUCAGAUGUUGUUGCGCGUACUAUGAAGGAUGUUGUUGAGGCUGAGAUUGAUGUUUUACUGGAUCCUGCCGAUGUCAACAAUGUCCAAAAGAGGUUUUCUGUUCGUAAUCUGGCAGUCAGUAAUGUCAUCAAGAGAAUGACGCCAACAGAGUUGAAAGAAUUAGAAGGAAGAGCAGAGAAAAUGUCGGAAGAAGGAUACCCUCAGGAAAUCCGUCAACAACUGGCAGAAAAGCAUUCUGAGACCCGUUUGAAAGCAAGUGCGAAAGGUCAUUGGCUAGAGUUGGGAAUGCUAUCUGUCACAUUUGCGGCUUUUGAGGACUCUACUGGUAGAGUUGUGGCUGAAAUACACAAUGAUAUUGUGGAGCUAGUGGGUGUUCCGAAGUCUGGAAAGAUAAAGUCUUUCGAAGAGACUUACCCCAGACAGGCCCGCGAAGUACAACAUCUCAUGAUUGAGUAUGUUCGCAAUGUCAUCGAAACUUCCCGAGGCAGAGAAAUCACAAUGGCACAAGAGAAUAGUUUGGGAACAAGCGAUGACGGCUUUCCAAUAAUUGGAGCCACUUGGAAUAAAGACAAGCUCAGCAAGACUGAAGCUUCUAAACUGUAUCGCGAGUAUCUAUCAAGACAUUAUAAAUUAGCGACACGAAACAGAACAGAACAAGUACCCUAUGGCGACAUCAUAAAAAAUCAAUCCAAAUUCAUCCAUAACAACUAUCUACCUACAGGAUUUGUAUUCAAGGACCCACACAACACCGGCAUUGAUGAUAUUAAAGCAUUUUUUGACCACAUAUAUGAACGCGAACAAACCUUUGCACCUGCUGAUGUGUUUCGAUUCCACAGUAUCACCACGGCCCGUAUCAAUGGCUCUAUAAUCCCAUCCCGCUAUCCCGAUGACAUUGAAAGUGUAUCCGAUGAGGUCCUUGCUGAACCUGCCAAGCGACAAAGAAAAAGGCCCACAAAGAAACCUAAGCAACAGCAAGUGUCAUCGAGCAAUGCACUAAGCACCGAGGAGAUGACUAUGACGCAAAUCAAUACCCAUGUACCUCUUGGGCAUAACAAUCAUGAUCAAUGUGGUCAAAACAAUGACGAGGCAUCAUCAAGUCGUGUCUUGAUACCUACUCAACUUGACGGCCAUGGCAAGCAUAACACCGAGCCACAUAUUCACCUUGAUGGUUGUGAAGAGCAAAACACCGAGGUUUCUAGUUGCCUUAAUAUACGUGGCAAGCACGGCGAGCAAAACGCCGAAGGAUCUAGUCGCCUUAAUAUGCAUGGUGAGCACGGCGAGCAAAACGCCGAAGGAUCUAGUCGCCUUGAUAGGCAACCAAUUGAUCCGUUACAGAUUCAGGAUGAAAAUAUGUUUCAAUAUCUAUGUGAUAUAGGCGCAUUUAGCUUUCCACCACUGGAAAAUAUGGACACACCUUUGUCGGCCUUGAGCUCUGGAACACAUGGCACCAGUAGUCAUUCGACGCAGCAGCUUUCUUUCACCGAAAUGCUGAUGGGCGAUUACCCUUUGUCCAAUUUCAACGAUUCAGCUGGUCUUGCCAGACCCAAUAUGGAGGAUUCUUCAGAAUAUCCUUCUAUGGCAAGGAGUGGCGCUAACGACAAUUUAAACCCUAUUUCCAAUGAUGCUGCCAAGAUGCAUGUUGGAACACAUUCAGAACUUCCCUCUACGGCAAAUGAUGAAUGGGCUCACAUGGCAAUAACCAAUUUUGAUACCAACAAUGGUAAUAAUUCGAAUCAUGCAUCUGACAAAGCCGCCGAGGUCUAUCGUGCGCCUUCGCAACAACCCCUAGUAUGGUGCCAUGUCAAUAUGCCUGCUACGCCUGUACCAACAGGUACAGAAAGUGUUGGACGCACCACAAUAACAGCAAUUGCUGAAGGCGAAUCGAGCAAUUCCAUCACGCCGGCACAUACUGCAAAGAAAAAGAAUGUUCAUGCAUCCCCUGCUCAGAUAUUGAACCGGGUACUCACAGCAAUGCCGAUGACCCCAUCCAAAGCCCAAACUCAACCUAAAUCCAACGCCACGUUUUCUGAAACUUCAGCUGGACAUUUGCAUGAGUUGAACAGCAAGCAGAACCCGCCAAUUAACGUGGUCAACAAAGGGUCUUCAAAGCGGAAAGCAAACCUUCAAGACGGAUCUGGGAGCACUCAGAAUGAUAGAGUCGCAAAGAAAGUAGUCACCUCUGACGAGUUAGCUAAACACGAGGCUGAGAGGCUCAAAGUGGCGGGUAAGCGAGUGUCCAAGAAACGAGUUCGAGAAUAA